GCCAAGGUUGGAGACCCCUGCCAUAGAGGGCUAAUUUUCCUCAAUGCUAUUUAACAUAUAUAUAUGAUGAUCAUCAGGUGUUUGGACUUGAAAUGUCAUCAGCUGUUAAAGACAUGCAGAUUACUUCUUCAUGACACCUAAAUUAAGAGAAAACAGGCAAAUUUAGAAUGAGUAUCUAGAUUCUGUAUGGGAUUGAUGGGACCCAAUAAAUUGAAGUGGAAUUCUCUCGUGACAGCUCAUGGUUAAUAGAUUUCCAGGUGGGGGAAUUAGUGAAUCUGCCAUGGAGUGGAAUUUGAUUCCGGUUCUUCAUAUUUUUAUUGUUUUGGCCAGGGUGUGGACUGAAGAGCUUGAAUAGUUUCAGAUGUUCCUGGAAUAGUAAUUGAUACUGGAGGACCAAGUGACAUUUCAAGGAACACCUACCCAAAUCUCUUGCUGCAUUGACCAGUCUCUCCUGCUUAUGGAAACCUAGCUGCUAUUGUUCAUACUCUGGUAGCCUCAUGUUUAGAUAAGUGGGGGAUCUGGCUAUGCAUACAUUGCAUCUUUUUGAAGCAGCUGACUGGCUACCAAUUAACUACCACACCAAGUUCAUGAUCUUGUGUUUGACAAAGAGAGCCCUUGAAAACCAGGGAACAGGAUACCUAAAAGUCUGCUUUUGCCUUUAUAGGACAGGGUAUGCUAUGACAGGGUAUAAAUUGCUUCUUGGUGCUUUUAGAAAUCUAAAUGUCUGGCUUGGACUCCUGGUCAAAUCUCCUCACAAACUCAGCUCUCCCUGGAGGACCUUUCUUUGUGCUGCAAGCCAGUAUCCCGGAACCGCAAUUCUCCCCAAACAUUUCUGUGUUUCUCCCAUUCGGCAUCAUAUAUUUUUAAUACCAUGGUCAAAAAGUGUGACAGGGAUUUCGGUCCGACACAAAAGUAACAAAAGCUCACAUAAAAAUGUGAAGCGAACUGUGGAAGAAGACUUGGAGGUGGAAGACACUGAUGAAGAGAUCACUGAUUCAGAAGAUGAGUUUGAAGAUGAUCCCAGCAUAGUGAAGAAUUACAAAGACCUUGAGAAAGUAGUACAGUCUUUUCGAUUCGAUGUAAUCUUGAAAUCUGGUUUAGAUAUUGCAAGAAACAAAGUGGAAGAUGCAUUCUACAAUGGUGAGCUUAGACUGAAUGGAGAAAAAUUGUGGAAGAAAAGCAGAUCGGUAAAGGUUGGUGAUACAUUGGAUCUCAUUCUUGGAGAAGACAAAGAAACAGAAACAGCUGUAGUUAUGCGAGUUGUUUUAAGGAAAGCAUCUGAGAAGAAUGAGAAUGAUAAAUACAAAGUGGUGUUGAGGCGCUGGAAAAACCUAAAGACUGAAAUCCCAAAGGUGCUUUUUCAAGAGGCAACUGGACUUCCUUGUUUUUCUUUGAAGACGUUUCACUUCUCAUCCAAGAAGCUUCUUCAGCUCUGACUGGAUGUUGGGAAAUGGAAGGAUUUAUAUUCCUUGCAGACAGCUGCUUUGUUUGAAAUUCAGAAAACAAAAUGUGUCCUGAAGGUUCUGCCACAUACUGCAUUCUUUUAGAGAGUAGUUGAGGCCACUUGGAGCUUUAUCUGUGUCCUCAGGGUCUCGAGUAGUGCAAAUGGGUGUGGAGCAGGGGUGUCAAGUUGGCAGCCCACAGGCUGAUGCGUCUCACACACAGGCCACGCCCACCCCAGCUGUGCAAAUGGGAAAAACAUCGCAAAACAUAUGACGGUGUGACACGGCGAGUUUUACACCCAUGGUGUGGAACCUUGGAACUGCUGAAAGAACUGUGUUGUAGACUAAUAGAUGUCGUAUCCCUCCCCCUCUGUUGAGAGAGGGCUCUUAAAGAGGGGUCAAAGAGGCCAUCCAUGUCAAAACUGAACAGCCCUCUCUCAAUAGAGUGGGGGGGGGGAAUAUGACAUAAUCUAUCUCCAGUCUACAACUGCUGUCCUUUCAGCAGUUCCAAGAAGGCUUCACACCAAUUUUAACUACUCGGGUAACCCUGAGGACUCAGACAAAACUCCAAGAGGCCUAUAUAUAUGUUUGCAUAUAUGUUAUCUACAUAAUUUGCAAGUGGAACAAGUGUGUCAUACUAGAAAUGAUUGAAAGUAAAUGACAUCAUCCUUAGCAUUGAACAAGCAUUCUACUAUAGAGCAUUCAAGUGUAGACACUGAUCAUCAUAUAUGCAAUUUACACUAUUCAGGGGAACAGCAAAUUCACAAGCAGGGAUCAGUUUCUUUGUCUAAACCAAUUUAUGGGCAUUUGAGGGAGAAAAAUCAGUGGAUUGAAUCUGGAAGUCUUUUAAAAAUCCAUGGAACAAAUUACUGGAACUUGUUAGUCAUGACUGAUUUCAGUGGGACUUAAGUACUGUUACCUUUGUUUGGAUCUAAUCCAACCCAGCACAUAAAAGGAAAUGUCAGUCUGGGAAUAUGAUUUUAUUCUGUUACGUUAAUUUCAUGACUUGCAGUAAAAGAAAAAACACAGUGUAACACAUUGUGACACAAUGUAAUAUUCUUCAGGAAAAAAAACUAAAAUGUUUUAAUAUUUACUGAACAUAUAUUUAGUGGAACUAUAUAAUCAAUGUUUUGAUCAACUAAACGAUUAAAGAAAAAUUUAUAAUCUU